AUGACUUUAAGUGGCAAGGUGAAUGUUGGAAAUGGGAAUAAUGUGAAACGAACUUUAUCUCAUUACAGUAGCGACUUAUUCUUUUUUUUUCAGGAUCUUCAAAAUGGAUUAGAUCGUGGUCUGGUGUCUCCGGAAGUGCUGCAGAACUUUUUUGAUCUAGAGCAAUAUCCUUUCAUUUCAGAAUUAACUCAUCGCUUUCAGGGUUUUAGAGAGAGAUUGUUGGCCGAUCCUAAAUUUCUACAUCGAUUAGCUAUUGAAGAAAGUAUAUCAAUAACAACAACUCUCUUGGCACAGUAUGAGAAACGUAGAGAAAAUUUCUUUGAAGAGCUUGAUUAUGUUAUUACAGACACUGCCAGGGGUAUAGUCGUGGAUUUUUUCACAGUGUGGCUUCCUGCUCCAACGAUUUCUUUCUUGCCAGUUGCUGAUGAUGUUGAUGCGCCUAAGAGCGUGGAAGCAUUGAAAGGCCUCCUGGGUUCUAUCCCAGAUAAUGCUUUUCAGAAAAAUCUUGCUGGGAAGGAUUGGAAUAUGAGCCACAGAGUUGCAUCUGUGCUUGUUGGUGGCCUUAAAUUGACCGGUGUAGGAUUUGUUUCUAGCAUCGGCGCAGUGGCUUCAUCAAAUAUCUUGUAUGCAAUACGCAAAGCCUUAAAUCCGACCUUUACUACUAUCCAAAAGAGCAAGCGGUCUCCAAUACUGAAAACAGCGCUUGUGUAUUCAUCAUUUCUUGGUACAUCUGCAAAUCUACGGUAUCAGGUUAUUGCAGGAUUAGUAGAACACCGGAUUGCAGAUCAAUUAGCGGACCAAACAUUACUUGUAAAUAUGCUAUCUUUUGUUGUUCGAACGAUCAACUCCUACUGGGGAACCCAGCAAUGGAUCGACCUUGCACGGCUUACAGGAUUGCAGGCUCAAAAGAGUGAGCAAGUUUCGGAUCUUGCUCCAGAUUCAGCAAAUCCUGCUGCCGUUGGUUGCAAUACACCAGAAGAUACCAAUAUUGACGAAAUCAACAAUCAAUAGUAACAGUGUCACUUCCUUAUCUUCUCCUCUACUUUCUAGCAUAACUUGUAAGCAGCAGUUUUGAUUCUUUGCUGUAUAUCAUUCAUCUUUUAGCAUGUCAAUAUAUACAUAGUUGAAACACACGUCCAAUAAAUCUUUUUGAUUCAUAGACU